AGCAGUGUGUGAAUUUGUCUGGCCUACCCUGCAAAUUGCUACUGCGUCAGAAUUUCAGUGUUUCAGGUUUCAUACUUGGCUGUAGGAAUCGUUGGAAAUGGCCUUUUCUUCUUCUGAGAAAGAUGUUCAUAUGGAUCUUGCGGAUAUUUGGCUGGAUUUCGAACUGAAUGGUCAAACAGUGGAACUGGACGAACUGGACUUAAUGAUCAUAGAGUGUCGUAAUAGAGCUAGAAAAUGCAGAGAUAAUUUGGACGCUGGAUCUGACGACCAUCAUAAUGUCCAGGUCCAGAUGCAGCGCAGUAUUGAUGAGGCUCGUCGCGUGCUGGGAACCAUGAAGCCCCUUGGCAAGAAGCAGUUCUGCGUCUUUUGCCGUAACAACAAGGAGGAACCAGCAGUGUACAACACCCAUGUCAUCAAGAACGAACGCGGGGAGGUCAUAUGCCCUAUUUUGGAAAAGUUCAUCUGCCCCAAGUGUGGUGCCACUGGCCCUAAAGCUCACACGGUGAAGUACUGUCCCCUCGGUGACUACAUCAGUACAGUGGACUGUGUGCUCAGAACCCCGAGGAACAGCACAAGGCUCCGCACUUCUCCUGUAGGCCGCCCUACUCCCGCACCAAGAUCGUCCAGCGACUCGCAGUCUUCUGCCCCCUCCUCACUCCCUCGUUCAGCAGGCCGCACGGCCUUCCACUGCAGCCAAGUACCCACGGUGAACCCUUGCUCCACCCCAAGCCCCACUGCCAGAGGGAUAUAUGGUGCCUCAAAAAGUCUCCUGACUGGUAGCCGUUGACCGAGUAGUGAGUGGUCAUCUUUUUGUGGUGUGCUGGUUGGUGGUGAUUUUUUUUUUCUGUAUUAAAAUUGUACUUUUCAGUAUUCUUUUUUUUUUUUUUACCCUGCUUCUUUAUAAUAAAUUAAGUUUUUAUUUUAUGUGAUCAUUAUUGUACCUCCAGCAUCAUUGUUGAAAGAUUCUUUUUUGGUUUGUAAGACUGUAUUUUACAAACUUGUUCAGUAUGUGUCAAAAGUUUUUGAUUUUGUAAAAUUUGACCCACACUUUUUGUACUAGGUCCAUACUAUAUGUCACAAUGAGCAUGUUUAUUCUCAUGUCUUUGGGUCCGCUGGUGAGCAAAAACCAAGCAACUGCAGGUCUGUAGUCGGUCACUUUGAAUAGUAAUUAUAGUUGAUCAUAAUUCCUCAUAACUUUGUCUAAAUGACAAUGUUGUGGAGCAGAAGUAAACAUAGUUAGAUAGCUGCCUUAGGUGUUCUUUCUGCUUUCCUUUGCCAUUUACAAAUUUUUAUUCAGUCAUGUGUAAUUAAUGUGUUUGGGAAAUGUUCAUGUUAAGUGUAGAUGUUAAUAGUUCAGUGAAACAGAUUAGCGUUAAAAUGGUCAGUGAAAAUGUGUGACGUUCUUCUCUCGGUUGUGACAGUUUUCUUUAAUUUACUCUUUUGGUUGUGUUUUUGAAAAGUACAUUCCAUUCAUUGUCUCGUCUGUGACCCUGAUUUCCACCCCCAAAUUAUAAUUACAGCAAACUGAUUUUUAUGAGAUAAUAUUUUCAGAUUUGCCAUUGCAAUUUGUUGGUGGAGCAGUGAUGGUUCCAUACCCAAAGUAUGUCUUUUUUUUUUCAUUCGUUAGUAAUAGCUUUUUGUGUUUAAGGCCAUCGCUGUUUUCGAGAACUUUCUUUGCCACGGAAGGCAGUUGCUAAUACAAGAAUCCAACUUUGGUUACUUUGUUUUGAUACUGAUGUGAGGUCAAACAUCCGUGGAGCAACUUACCC